AUGGCUGCGUGUCUGUGCGCCGUCGUUUGCGCAGUGGCCACGUCGCUGGCCGCGGCGCUGGCGUCAGUUCUCGCGUGGCUCUGGUUCAGCAGACAGCGCACCUCAGUAGCUGGUCCCCCGACCGUGCCACUGCUGGGCAACGUGAGGCUCCCCUUCAGGCUCCCCGCACUCGUGCACAGCCUCAGAGACGUUCACCAGCGCUACGGAGACAUCUUCAAGUUCUACGUAGGUCCCAAGCUGUUCAUUGUGAUAUCGCGCCCAGAGGACGUGCGGAAAGUCCUGGCGUCGACCAAGACGCGGGAGCGGGACCCUGUCUUCAUGCACAUCCUCCGGACUCUUAUGAGCGACGGGCUCAUCACCAGCACGGGCGACAUCUGGAAGAGGCACCGCAAGGUCAUCGAACCAGCUUUCCACGCUGAGGUACUCGCGAAGUUCACUGGAACAUUCAACGAGAGCGGGCGCUACCUGUGCGAGAAACUGGUGGAGUCUGCUGGCGCCACACUGGACAUUUACCCCAUGCUGAUGGAAUGUGCGCUGCGCACCAUGGUGAAGGUCAUCUUUGGUGUCGAGCUGGAUCGUCUGGAGCCAGACCGAAGCAAGCAUUCCCGUAUAGCGGCCAUCAGGAAAAUGUCGGCAAUAAUUGUCCGACCCUGGAAGACAAUUACUGGCGCCAUGUGGCUGAGUGCAGAAGGCCGGGCAGUGAAGAGGAACAUUGCGGAGUUCAGAAGCCUAGUGAAGCGUGGCCUCGCGAUUGCAAGAGACGACAAGAAUGCUGACGGUUCAACCCCUUUGGUCUACUUUCUUUCGGAGCAGCAGCAAGGGCAGCACUUGACUGAAGAAGAAAUAUACAAUGAAAUACGCACGCUCAUCGUGGCCGGCGUGGAGACGACGGCAGCCUCCAUGGGCUUCACGCUGGCGCUGCUCGGGCUGCACCCAGACUGGCAGGACGCGGCGCAGAGGCAGCUGGACGACGUGUUCGGCUCUGGAGGCAACUACCUCAGGCCAGCCACUGCCGCCGACCUCUCCCAGCUCACGGUCGUAGACGCUAUUGUAAAGGAAUCGCUGCGGCUGUUUCCGACAGCCCCCAACAUCGCGCACCUGGUGACGGAGGACACGUCGCUGUGCGACGGUCGCUACUUGGCGCCGAGGGGCUGCUGUGUGCUCGUGUCGUUCCUGCUGAUGCACCGCCAGCCAGACCUGUUCCCUGAGCCCGACCUGUUCGACCCCGGCCGCUUCCUGCCCGGAGGCAGCGCCACCACCAGGCAGCCGGGCAGCUACCUGCCGUUUGGCACAGGACCUCGCAAGUGCGUGGGCGCGCGCUUCGCCGACCUGGAGAUGCGGGUUGCGCUGGCUGCCGUGCUGCGCCGGCUCCGCAUCCGACACGGCUCCACCAGGGAGCAGCUGGAGCAGAUUCCUUACUCCGUCACAGCACACCCACUCACCGGCUAUCGAGUCUCUUGUGUUCAGCGAGAUAACGUACCAGUACCGUCCUCGCAUCUCGUCUGA